AUGCCUGGCCCCCCAAAGUCCCUCCGAGGACCUCAUAUUCCCGAGGGCGAGGGCAUGGCCGGGGGAAAACCCACACUCGACAACCUGCCCUUACUUCGCUUUGGGAUGUUGCCAUCCAAGGUGAUUGAACAAGUCAAGAAGUUGGUAAAGCGUCUGUCAAAGGUCAAAGAGAAACACGUGUGGCUGGAGAGAUAUCUCAUCGACGCGAAGUUCAACCACAUCAGUUUCGAGCCUGUGUUCGAGCGGCCCGACCGGGCCAAGGAGAUGCGACAUUUGCAUCGAGCACCGAGCGACUUUGGCACGAAGCAUGCGCAUCUCUUCCCAAAGCUGUCACCAUGUGAGACGCGACAGUACCAGGCGUUGAAAUGGGUCGCUAUGCACAGCGAGACGCACCUGUGGAUGGAGGAUAAGGCGUGGUCCUAUCUCGAGGACAACUUUACCGAGGUAAAUGGCGGGUGCUGGGUUGCAAAUGAGACGGCAUGCUAUGAUUAUCCGUUUGGCUUUCGCUCAAAAGAAUACCCUAUGAAGCACGUUACACAGAAGCUGAUGGGGUGGAAGAAGUGGAUUCGCGACAAAAAGAUUCGCGACAAAAAGAUUCACGACAAAAAGAUUCACGACAAAAAGAUUCGCGAGAAACCCCCCAGCAUACUUCGCCACCGGGUGACCAAGACGAGAGAUUACGCAUUGCGCCUGCGAGAUGCGCUUGAAGCUGCGGAGGCCGCGAGGAGGAAGGCCGAAGAGAUGGAGUAA